GAUACACUUUGUGCUGGCAGUAUACCAAGCAGCUUGUCCAGUAUUUUCAAGGGAGCCACCAUGGUAUCCAGUCGUGUAAAGAGAACAGGUGCGUGCAGGGGGACCGGUAUGAAGUUGAAGAAGCAAGUGACAGUGUGUGGGGCAGCCAUCUUCUGCGUGGCCGUCUUCUCCCUCUACCUCAUGCUAGACCGAGUACAGCAUGAUCCCACCCGGCACCAGAAUGGAGGCAACUUCCCCCGAAGCCAGAUCUCAGUGCUGCAGAACCGAAUUGAACAACUAGAACAGCUGCUGGAGGAGAAUCAUGAGAUCAUCAGCCACAUCAAGGACUCAGUGCUUGAGCUGACAGCCAAUGCGGAUGGCCCUCCGGCUUUGCUCCCUUACCACACCCCCAAUGGCUCAUGGGUGGUACCACCUGAGCCCCGGCCUAGCUUCUUUUCCAUUUCCCCCCAAGACUGCCAGUUUGCUCUGGGGGGGCAGGGCCAGAAGACAGAGCUCCAGAUGCUCACGGUGUCCGAGGAGCUGCCCUUUGACAAUGUGGAUGGUGGGGUGUGGAAGCAGGGCUUCGAUAUCCCCUAUGGCCCCCAUGACUGGGACUCAGAAGACCUCCAGGUGUUUGUGGUACCCCAUUCCCACAAUGACCCAGGCUGGAUCAAGACUUUUGACAAAUACUACACAGAACAGACACAACACAUCCUUAACAGCAUGGUGCCCAAGCUGCAGGAGGACCCGAGGCGACGCUUCCUCUGGGCUGAGGUCUCCUUCUUUGCAAAGUGGUGGGAGAACAUCAAUGCUCAGAAGAGGGCAGCAGUACGAAGGUUAGUAGGAAAUGGGCAACUGGAGAUAGCAACUGGAGGCUGGGUGAUGCCUGAUGAAGCCAACUCCCACUACUUUGCGUUGAUCGACCAGCUCAUCGAAGGGCACCAGUGGCUGGACAAAAACCUUGGUGUGACCCCACGCUCUGGCUGGGCCGUAGACCCUUUUGGACACAGCUCAACCAUGCCUUACCUACUCCGACGCUCAAACCUAACCAGCAUGUUAAUCCAGAGAGUGCAUUAUGCUGUCAAGAAGCACUUUGCUGCUACCCACAGUUUGGAGUUCAUGUGGAGACAGACAUGGGACCCAGAUGCCAGCACGGACAUCUUUUGCCACAUGAUGCCCUUCUACAGCUAUGAUGUGCCACACACCUGUGGCCCUGACCCCAAGAUCUGCUGCCAGUUUGAUUUCAAGCGUUUGCCUGGUGGGCGAAUCAACUGUCCCUGGAAGGUGCCACCCCGAGCCAUCACAGAGACUAAUGUGGCCGAGAGGGCAGCCUUGCUUCUGGACCAAUACCGAAAGAAAUCCAAGCUGUUUCGAAGCAAUGUAUUACUGGUACCACUUGGUGAUGACUUCCGUUAUGAUAAACCCCAAGAAUGGGAUGCCCAGUUCUUCAAUUACCAGCGGCUCUUUGACUUCCUCAAUAGCCAGACUGACCUCCGUGUGCAGGCCCAGUUUGGCACUCUAUCUGAUUAUUUUGAUGCCCUGUACAAGAAGACAGGGGUGGAGCCUGGUGCCCAGCCUCCAGGUUUUCCUGUGUUGAGUGGGGAUUUCUUCUCUUACGCUGACCGAGAGGAUCACUACUGGACAGGCUAUUAUACCUCCAGGCCUUUCUACAAGAGUCUGGACCGGGUCCUAGAGGCCCAUCUGCGGGGCGCAGAGAUCCUGUACAGUCUGGCACUUGCUCACACCCGGCAUUCUGGCGUGACCAGUCAGUACCCACUAUCAGACUACACCCUGCUGACUGAUGCCCGUCGCACCCUAGGUCUCUUCCAGCAUCAUGAUGCCAUCACUGGUACUGCCAAGGAGGCAGUGGUGGUGGACUACGGGAUCCGACUUCUGCGUUCUCUUGUGAGCCUGAAACAGGUCAUCAUCAAUGCCGCGCACUACCUGGUGUUGGGGGACAAAGGAACCUACCAUUUUGAUCCCAAUACACCUUUCCUCAGCAUGGAUGACACACGCUUAACCCAGGAUGCCCUGCCUGAGCAGACUGUGAUUCGAAUGGAUUCCUCACCUCGGUUUGUGGUACUGUUCAACCCCCUGGAUCAGGAGAGGCUCAGUGUUGUCUCUUUGCUUAUUAACUCUCCCCGGAUCCGGGUCCUCUCUGAGGAGGGCCAGCCCUUGGCCGUGCAGCUCAGUGCCCACUGGAGCUCUGCCACUGACAUUGUGCCUGAUGUCUAUCAGGUGUCUGUGCCAGCCCGCUUACCCGCCCUGGGUCUCAGCAUCCUGCAGUUGCAUCCAGGCCUAGAUGGGCGCCGCACCCUGCCCUCCUCUGUGCGUAUCUACCUGCAUGGCCGCCAGCUGUCUGUCAGCAAGCAUGAGAUCUUCCCCAUGCGUGUCGAUGAGACUGGGACCAGUGACUUUGCCCUCAGCAAUCGCUACAUGCAAGUCUGGUUCUCAGGCCAAACUGGGCUCCUCAAGAGCGUCAGAAGGGUGAAUGAAGCACAGGAGCAUCGAUUAAGUACCGAGUUCCUCAUCUACGGCACCCGAACCUCCAAAGACAAGAGUGGCGCCUACCUUUUCCUGCCUGACGGUGAGGCCAAGACCUAUGUCCCCAAGGAGCCCCCUGUUCUUCGGGUCACCGAAGGCCCCUUCUUCUCAGAGGUCGUUGCCUAUUACCAGCACAUGCAGCAAGUGGUUCGACUCUACAACUUGCCAGGGGUGGAGGGUCUCUCCUUAGAUGUGUCCUCCCUUGUGGACAUCCGAGAUCAUGUAAACAAGGAGCUGGCACUUCGUAUCCAGACAGAUAUUGAAAGUGAAGGCACCUUCUUCACAGACCUCAAUGGCUUCCAGAUACAGCCCCGUCGGUAUCUGAAGAAGCUUCCGCUGCAGGCCAACUUCUACCCCAUGCCAGCCAUGGCCUACAUCCAGGAUAGCCAGAGCCGCCUCACCCUGCACACCGCUCAAGCCCUAGGAGUCUCCAGCCUCAGCAGCGGCCAGUUGGAAGUUAUCCUAGAUAGACGCUUGAUGCAGGAUGACAACCGGGGCCUCGGCCAAGGCCUAAAGGAUAACAAGAGAACCUGUAACCGGUUUCGCCUCUUGUUGGAACGACGUACCACUGCCAAUAAGGUGCAAGAUGGUCGCCCAACCAGCUUCCCAUCUCUUCUUAGCCACCUGACUUCCAUGCACCUAAACACACCAGUGAUGGCCCUACCUGUGGCCAGGGAGCAGCCUGGAGGCCCUACCUUACGCUCAUUUCAGCCGUUGGCCUCCUCACUUCCCUGUGACAUUCACCUGCUCAACCUGAGAACCCUCCAAGCUGAGGAUGACAAAUUACCCUCAUCUGAGACUGCACUCAUUCUACACCGAAAGGGUUUUGACUGUGGCCUGGAGGCCAAGAACUUGGGCUUCAACUGUACCACAAGUCAAGGCAAGGUGGCCCUGGGGAGCUUUUUCCAAGGGUUAGAUGUGGGCUUCCUGCAGCCCACUUCAUUGACAUUACUCUACGCGCUGGGCUCGCCCUCUAACAGCAUGGAUGUCCACUUGGAGCCCAUGGAGAUUUCCACCUUUCGCCUCCGCCUGGGCUAGUGCUCUUCGUGGCCAGGAGAGGACAUACAUCCAUACAGACCACCUUUCAGAAUAAGGCUGGGAUGGACAGCUACACCGAGUGCCCCAACUUACUCCACCUUCCCCAACUAUAAUAGACUGAGCUCUGCCUCGCUGUUCUCUAUUUAUUGUUGCUACAGUGUUUGGGGGGCUGCCCAGAAGCCCAGGAUUAGACAGAUGGGGCAAAAUGCAGGUAGGCUCAGAAGUGAGAGGCUGGCCCUAAAUGCCAGAGCAGACGGUGCUGGGCAGUGCCUUGAGGUGCAUGAGUGGCUGCCCACUUGGACAUGAGGUUCUUGCCACCGGUUCCUCUCCUGUCUCCCUACUGUUAGCUGUAUGGGAGACCAAGAGCAGAAGUGUAGAGAAGAACUGAGUGAGGCAGCAGGGAGUGAGAGGUAAUCUCUGCUCCUGUCUUGCUGCCCUGAUUCAGGGGAGUAGUUGAGGCGGGUAUGCAAGGAAAAGGGAAUCAUGAUCCCUCCAUCGGUCAGAGCUGGCUCUGAAAUGAAGUACAGUGAUUGUGUGGAGACCAGACACUUUGGUGUGAUAACCAGGUCUAGAUAAAUCUAAGAUGAGGAUGUGUAAAAAGGAAUCUGAGAACAGUUUUAACUUGGAAGAAAAGAAGGACUAAUGGGGGUAAAGGGAAGAUUUCUCUCUCUUUGGUAUGGGAAUCCCUAGGUGACCCGUUAGUUGCUAGGCCCAGCUACAGUAGAUGCUGCCCUGGCCAAGGGGAUCUGCAUCAAGCAGGUGAUUUUGUAGCAGUCGGUAAGAACCCUUUGUAUGGAACUAAGACUGUGACUUUGCCAGAGUUCACAGGACACUUCAGGUAACAAAAUUCAUUUCAAACUAG